AUGCAGUCAGGCAUCACAGGCAAGUCACCCCACCACUAUCAACCCAUUCCCCUCCAACCGUGCCUGGUCCCAUCUAACACGCCCACAGCCUCCCGCGAGCUACACGCCGCGUUUGCCUCCUUCCUCUCGGACUCCAGCGCAUUCUACCUCCCCGUCACCAUCACCAGAGAGUCCCUCACCCCGCUGUCACCUGUCCCCUUCGCUUCCUCCGGCGAGGAUGCCUUCACCAAGUCUCUUCCGUCACUCUCACAACAUCUCGAACCAAAGACCCCGAUAUACCUGAUGCUCCGCCGCAGUCCGAGUAGCAGCACAUUCACCGCCAUAACCUACGUCCCCAGUACCGCCCCCGUGCGCGCCAAAACCCUCUUCGGCUCAACCCGCAUCUCUCUCGUCCGCGAGCUCGGGCUCGAGAAGUUCGAAGAAACACUCUUCGUGACGGAUGCGGAGGAGGUGUUGGAGGCGAAGCAGUGGGCCGAUCGAGCCGGUGGGUCCAAAGAUGUUGACGAGAAUUUGCUGAGUCGGGAGGAGAGGGAGUUGCAGAGUGUGAAGCGGGCGGAGGAGGAGGCGCGGCAUGGGACGCAGGGGACUGCGCUUGGUGGAUUGGGUGGUGGUGGUGGAUCGUCAGCAACCAGUGGAGGGAGCAAGCUGUCGAUGAAGAUGACGGCUGAGGCCAGGACAGCACUACAAGGGCUGGCUUCUACGACGGGAGAAGGUGCGGUGGUGCAGUUGGGCAUUGACAUUUCUACGGAGACUUUGACGCUGCUCUCGCACCGAGACAGCGGCGUGCAGCCCACCAAUCUGGCGAGCAGUAUCCCCUCCGACCGACCGUCCUACACAUUCUACCGACACCCCUCAGCGCCAACGACUGCGCUAUUCGUGUACGUCUGCCCAGGUACCAGCAAGGUCAAGGAGCGCAUGGUGUACGCAUCGAGUCGCAGUGGCGUGCUGGAGGCGGCGAAGAGCGAAGGCGUCGAGGUCUCGAAGCGCUUGGAGGCCGGCGAUCCGGAAGAAAUCACGGCGCAACGGCUUGAUGAGGAGGUUGCGGCUGCUGGGGGCGGGAAUGCUGAGAGCGGGACGUCGACGCCCAGAGGCGGAUUCUCGAGACCAAAGCGGCCUGGGAAGAGGUAA